UCGUUAUGGUGGGAUACAGAGAGACAGCAUAACACCAAAUUCCUUCGCGUCAUAGGGUCGCCAGUAUUUCGCGCGUAUUCCGCUCAUCGAGGGCUACCACUGGUAACCUAGUGGCGGUGGUGGCACCAGUCAUGGUGGGAUGCAGUGGGGCAGCAUAGGACCAGAUUCUUACUUAGCGACUUAGACUCACCAGUAGCGAACUCCGCUCGUCGAGAAUGGUGAGAUUCAGGGAGGCAGCAUUACACCUAGUGGCAUAGGCUCACCACUAUCGAGCUCCGCCUGUCGAUUCUAGUCAUGGUGGGAUACAGGGAGGCCAGAUUCUUUACUUAGCGACAUAGUAGGCUCAUCACUAACGAGCUCCCCUCGUCGAGAUUAAUCAUGGUGGGAUACAGGGAGGCAGCGUUCGGCACGUGGGUUUUUAACAGAAAUGGGUCGUCGACCGGAUUCCUGCAGUUUGCCACGUGGCACGCUAACAGCGCUUUGGACCUGAAGCCUGAGGACUUCAGCUGGCACGUCGCAUGGACUCUCUUCCUGCAGUUCUGCGCCUUCCUGUGGUCCAAGCUCUCCCCCUACAUCACCCCCGCGCUCGCCCCGUACCUGCCGGCGUGGCAGCAGCAGUGGGUGGCGUUCCAAGCCGUCCUCAUGGACCCCUGCUCGCAGCACGCCCUCAUGGCCGACACCCACCUCCUCUUCCUCCUCCUCGUCGCCCUCGCCUCUCUCGUGCGCGCGCUCCAGCCCGCCCCCCGCCUCGGCCCCGGGGUCACCCCCGAGCAGCUGCAGCAGCAGCACUGGCUGCACCACCGGCGCCACGUACGCGUUUUAGAGGGGUCUCUGUACACGGUUACAGUGGUCCUAACCAUGCUGGUGGGGCUAGCGAAUCUAGUGGUUUCCCUCUGGUAUGUGUGGCCGGGGUGGAGGGAGGAGUGGUCCGACUGCCCCAUAUUCGAAGACCUGCUGCCGAUCGUGCAGUGUGUGGCAUGGUUCGGCAUGUCUUGGUCGGUGAUGGAGGAGAAAAGACAAGGCGCCACGUGGCACUUCUUCACUCUACGGCUCUGGUGGUCCGCAGUCUUUUUCCUCAACUCCUGGAGUGUGAUCUACUCGCUAGUCCAGAUGCACAAGGGAGUGCCUCUCUCUGUAGAUGCGGCCCUUGGGAUCAUCGCCUGGCCAAUUUCCGCAUUCCUUUUUGCAGUGGCUUGCCAGAAGCCCCCUCCAGUUCACCGCCCGAACGAACCGCUGACCGAAUCGCUUCUUUCCGGGCUGCCCGGAGUAGCAGACCAGCCCACCGACCCGGGGGUCACCCCCUGGGAGCGGGCAGGUUGGUGGAACGUUCUCACCUUCCAAUGGAUCAACCCGCUGCUCGCCAAGGGGCACGAGAAACCUUUAGACCUGCCCGACAUCCCGUUUCUAGCGGACUGGGACACUGCGGAUGCUGCCCGGGAAGCUUUUUACCGCACCUGGGAUCGAAUCCGGCUGUACACGCCGCUGCAGCAGCCGUCUAUCACGUGGACACUCUGGCUUACCUACUGGAGAAAGUUCCUGGCAAUUGCGUUCUGGGCUGGGCUGGAGACGGUAUUACUGUACAUAGGCCCGUCACUGCUGGCUGAAUUCGUGAGGGUGGUGGGGGGAGAUGUGCCUUUGCUGACCUUCGGGGGAGGGGGCUCAGCUAGUGUUUGUGCUGCUGGUGCUCCUGGUGGCAUUGCUGCUGCUGCUGGCGGUGGCAGCUGCAAUAGUGGUGACAGUGGCAGCAGCAGCAGCAGCUGGCAUGUUGAUUUGGCUGCUCCCUUAGCAGCGCUUGCAGCGGGCUUGACUGAGGCCUUUGGCUUAACCAGAGUGUUUAGCUCUGCCACUUCUGCCACUUCUGCCGCUACUGCUGCUGCCACCAAUCUCACCUCCACCGCCCAAACCAUCGCCUCUGUCUCUUUCGCUGCUACAACCACCUCUGUUGCUGCUACAGCUGCUUCUGUAGCCUUUAUCGCUACAGCAGCUGCAGCAGCAGCACCAAGCCCCGCGCCUCCCCCGGACGACCCGUGGGCGGAGUGGGAGGGGUACUGGCUGUGCGGGGUGCUGCUGUGGUGCAAGCUGCUGGAGACGGUCGCCCAGCACCAGUUCUACUUUAGAUCUGAUAUUCUCGGGAUGAACGUGCGGGCGGCGCUCACAGGCCACGUGUUUGACAAGGCAUUGAGGCUGAGCAACGCAGCCAGGCACGCCCACCCCAUGGGGGAGAUCGUCAACUACAUGGCGCUGGACGUGCAGCGUGUGGCUGACAUGAUGUUUCAGCUCAACAACCUCUGGACGCUGCCCCUGCAGAUCCUCCUGGCGCUGCUGCUGCUGCACGUCACGGUGGGCCCAGCAGGGACGCUAGCAGGCGUGGCGACGAUGGUGGUCAUGAUGUGGCUGCAGCUGGUGGUGGCGGGGCAGGCCAGGGAGUGCCAGAAGGAGCGCACCGCCUGGCAGGACCUCAGGCUUAAGGCGACCACGGAGGCGCUUAACAACAUGAAGGUGAUCAAGCUGCAUGCGUGGGAGGGGCGCUUCCUGGAGCAGAUAGAGGACUAUCGGGCGGAGGAGGCAGCCUGGCUGGCACGCUACAACUACCUCAUGGCGGCCAACAUCGUGCUGCUCUGGAUGUCGCCGCUGCUGGUGGCAUCCGCCACCUUCGCUGCGUGCGUGGCCUUCCAAGAGCCCCUUUCUGCUGCGUCCAUCUUCACUGCCAUCGCCACCUUCCGCAUUCUCCAGGAGCCCCUUCGCUCGUUCCCUGAUGUCCUCUCCUCCAUCUCCCAAGCACUCGUGUCUCUCGACCGCCUCGCCAGGUACCAGUCAGCGCAGGAGAUCGAAGUGACAGCCGUCUCAUGGCUCUCCCCAGAGGACACGGAAGAUGCGGUUUUUGUCGACGGAGGGGCGUUCACGUGGGACCUCCCCCCGCCGCACCUGCUACACAUGCACCGCCCCACGCUGAGGGGCAUCGGCAUGCAGAUAGGACGAGGCGCGAGAGUGGCGAUCUGCGGGCCUGUUGGGUCAGGCAAGUCGAGCCUGCUCAGCUGCAUCUUGGGGGAGAUGCACAAACUGUCCGGGAUUGUGCAAGUGGCGGGCACCAUAGCGCACGUGCCACAGACCCCGUGGAUCCAGAACGGCACCAUCCGAGACAACGUCACCUUCGGCCUUCAGAUGAACCGCGCCCUCUACGAGCGCGUGCUGCGCGUGUGCGCCCUCGCUGCUGACCUGGCAGUGCUGCCACGUGGCGACGAGACGGAGAUCGGGGAGCGCGGGAUCAACCUGUCGGGCGGGCAGAAGCAGCGCAUCCAGGUGGCGAGGGCGGUGUACCACGACGCCGACAUCUAUCUGCUGGACGACCCCUUUUCUAGUGUCGAUACCGCCACUGGGUCUAUGAUCUUUGAUGAGUGCGUGCUGGGCCUCCUGGGCGCCAAGACCGUUCUCUUCGUGACCAAUCAGCUGGAGUUCUUGCCUGCUGCUGACCUCAUCCUGGUCAUGAGGGACGGCGAGAUAGUCCAGGCAGGGCAGUAUGAGGAGCUGCAGCGCGCCGGCACGGACUUCUCGCUCCUGAUGGACGCCCACAACGACGCCAUGGACUCCAUGGACCUCCCACACCCCUCGCACCACCCCAACCACCCCCCCCAACCCCAACGUGCCCCGUCCCUUGGGAACAUCCUAGCUGCAAACGGCGAUGUCUUUUCUCGUUUCGACAUGGACGAUCAAGAGCUUGCCAUGUUGCUGCUAGGUCCGGAAGCCGGCGCAGACGGGCUCGGGUUAGCCUCGGGCGGAGGCUCGGGAGGGAUGGGAGGCUCGGGGAUGGGUGGUGCGGGGGCUGGUUCGGGGGGUGCCGGGCCUAGUGGGUUGGCUCCGGAUGGGUCGCUGGUGGGGAUAGUGGGGGGGGCGGGGGGGGUGGUGGUGGGGCCAAUGGCAGCGGUGGCAGCGGCGGUGGCGAGUGGAGCAGAGGACAGACAGUUUGGGCGGGUGAAUGGAGAGGUGUACCGGGCUUAUCUCACGAGGGCCUAUGGCGGGUCCAUGGUGCCGAUCAUUGUGGCGUCCCAGGUGCUUUUCCAGGUGCUCCAGAUAGGCGCCAACUGGUGGCUGGCUCGUGAAGUCCAACCCCUGCACCCAGCAGUGCUGACCUGGCCGGACGUGCGCGCAUACGCGUCGCUGGCCAUCGGCAGCGGCCUCUUUGUGGUGCUGCGCGCCUUCCUCUCCGUGCAUGUGGGGCUGCGGACGGCGGAUGGCUUCUUCCAAGACAUGCUGCAUGCCGUCUUCAGGGCGCCCAUGGCGUUCUUCGACUCCACACCCACAGGGAGAACACUCGCUAGGGCCUCGGCCGACCAGAACGCGCUCGACUUGCAGCUCUUCUUCAACUUUGGAUCGGUGCUCAACAACCUCGUGCAGCUUCUGGGAAUCUUCCUUGUCACCUCCGCAGUCACGUGGCCGGUCAUCGUGGUCCUCAUCCCCCUUGCGCUGCUCUAUGUGCCUCUUCAGCGCUACUACCUCUCCUCGUCUCGGGAACUGACCCGAAUCGACGGCCUCACCAAGUCGCCCAUCCUUGCACAUUUCUCCGAAACCCUCGCCGGGGCGGCGGUGAUCCGCGCUUUCGCCCAGGAGGAGCGGUUUGAGAUCGAGAAUGCGGACGCGGUGGACAACAACAUGCGCGCAUACUUCCACUACUAUGGAGCCAUCUACUGGCUCGGACUCAGACUGGAAACGAUCUCAGCUGUGGUGCUCGCGUUUGUCGCCUUCCUGCUUGUUCUGGUUCCCCAAGGGACCAUCGAACCUGGCCUGGCAGGGGUAUCUUUGGCCUAUGGUCUAACCCUUAACAUGGCGCUGGUGAUGACCAUGUGGCAUCUCUCCAACCUCGAGAACAAGCUCGUGGCCGUGGAUCGAAUUCGGCACUUCUCUGCCAUCCCAUCUGAAGCGCCCUUGAUCGUCGAGGGCAACAGGCCCUCGGCCGACUGGCCCAACCGUGGCUCCAUCAGCUUCGAAAACCUCCAGAUGCGCUACAGGGAAGCCAUGCCUCUGGUCCUCAAGGGCGUCACAGUGACCUUCAGAGGUGGGGAGAAGGUGGGCGUGGUCGGCCGCACAGGCAGUGGCAAAUCCACCCUCGUUGCUGCCCUCUUCCGAUUGGUCGAGCCAGUGGGCGGCCGAGUCAUGAUCGACGGCGUGGACAUCUCGACCAUCGGAUUGCAAGAUCUACGGUCCAGAUUGGCCAUCAUCCCGCAGGACCCGACCCUGUUUGAAGGCACGGUUCGGUCGAACCUGGACCCCCUGGCUCGGUACCAUUCCAGCCUGCUCUGGGAGGUGCUUGAGAAGUGCCAGCUGGCAGAGGCAGUAAUGGAUAAAGAGGACAAGUUGGACGCCAUUGUGGUGGAGGGAGGGGAGAACUGGAGCGUGGGGCAGAGGCAGCUCUUCUGCCUGGCCAGAGCCCUGCUCAAGCGCUCUCGAAUCCUGGUGCUUGAUGAAGCAACGGCGUCCGUUGAUUCGGCCACAGACGCCAUAAUCCAACGGACCAUAAAGGAGAACUUCGCCAGGGCUACAGUUAUCACCGUAGCGCACCGCAUCCCCUCUGUAAUCGACUCCGAUAAAGUGCUAGUGCUUGAAGCAGGUAGAGUGGAGGAGUUUGAUUCCCCCGUGCGGCUGCUGGCCAAUAAGAGAUCGCUCUUCUCGCAGCUAGUGGCAGAGUACUCAAAGCGGACAAACACUGUAGCCAACCUAGCCGCCAUGGUGCGAAUUCCUCGCGAUUACUCAAGGCAAACCAUGAACUUGGAUGACUACUAGGAAUUGCAACAUCUGAUUCGUAGUGGAUGCAACACAAGCUGCGUGUGAUAUGUUCUGCAAAUGCAUACGCAAUCGA